GCUAUUUACUGCGCAGCUCCGGUCACAUCUCCCUCCGGUGUUAAGAUGGCGGCGUUCGGUGUAAUCGCGUCACCAACCCGAGACUCACGUGACUAUAACAGCGCGCCGGAGCCUUCUCCGCCCCGUGACGUCACACCUGUCGCUAACACAUCCGCUUCCUGUCACAGCGCCCCCGCCGGAAGUGUCUGGAAGAGGAAGUGCUGCAGUCGCCAUGUCACCUUCAGGAAUUCUGGUGCGGCGGCUACACCGGAAUCUGACACAGAAUCUGGUUGGUGGGCAUAUAUUUCCCAGCAGGCUUUGGAGCAGCGCUGCUUCCUCCCCUGCCCAGGAUGCCCCCAGGGAAGUUUUCCGGACCAGUGAAAGUGACCCAGGUCAGCACACGGAGCAACACGAGGGGCAGUUCUAUUCGCUGUCGGCCCAGGACGUAAGGGCCAUAUUCCCCCAGGGCCUUCCCUGGUGCUUCCAACAACAGAGCAAGACCUUCAAUGAGACGUGUGUGAUGGUGCGGCCCCCCGCUGUAGAACUCAUCCGCUACCUGAGCAACAAGUCCCACCUGUCCCAGCCGGCUGUGCGCUACGUCCUGUAUGGCAAGAGAGGAACGGGCAAGAGUCUGACCCUGUGCCACAUUCUCCAUUACUGCUACACCCGAGGCUGGCUCCUCCUCCAGGUGCCCGACGCUCAUGUCCUGGUGAAGAACUGUAAGGAACUCAUGCCGUCCACCUACCAUAAAGACCGAUUCGACCAACCCUUGGAAGCCUCUAAUUGGCUGAAGAACUUUAAAGCCACCAAUGAACAGUUCCUGAAGCAGAUCCAGACCCAACAGCGAUACGUGUGGAGUAAACGGGAAGCCACGGAGGAGGGGAGACCCCUGGGAGAGGUGGUGGAUCAGGGGCUGACCAGGGUGAAGAGCGCCAGUGAUGCGGUGGGCGUGGUUCUGAAGGAGCUGAAGAGACAGUCGGGAGGAGGAGCAUUUCGGAUGUUGGUCUCUAUGGAUGGAGUUAAUGCUCUUUGGGGCAGAACCACCAUAAAGAAAGAGGACAAGAGUUGGGUGUCUGCGGAGGAGCUGACCCUGGUGCACAACAUGAGGAAGAUGGUGCAGAAUGAUUGGACAGGGGGCGCCAUUGUACUGAGUGUGACCCAGGCUGGAUCCCUGUACAAACCUACUCCUGCCUAUCUGCCCCACCAUCUGCUUGGGAAGGAGGGAUUUGAUGCCCUGGACCCGUUUGUGCCCGUCCAGGUGACCAAUUACAGUGACAAGGAGUUUGAGAGCUGCUAUCAGUAUUACAUGGAGCGCAAGUGGCUCCAGCACCACAAAGCUCUCACGCCAGAAGGGAAGGAGGAGCUGCGGUUCUUGAGUGAUUUGAACCCUAAGGAGCUGGAGAAGAUUUGCGCCUUCCUCUGAACCGUUGCACUGGGCGGGGCUUCCCAGACGGACUGUGUAUUUGGGCUGAGUUGCCCCGCUGGAGCCCAUAGUGUUGGUGGGACUGAUCACUACUCUCUUGCCGUACGUGACUGGGGCAGCUCGGGGUCUAUAAAUCACCUUGUUUUGCUA